AGCAGCAGCAAAGAUAAGGGACCACAAAAAACUACCGUUCUGCUUUGCAGACCCAGCCCAGACAACCUGUCCCCAAGCUCGGUCUCAUGCCUGCUCCCUUUUCUUGCAGAGACAACCCAACAUGGAGAACUGCACUGAUGAUGACAACGUGCAGAACAGCAUUGCACUCUUUCAACUUAUAGUCUACAUCCCAGUGCUCUCUUUGGGGAUCCCACUGAACGUGAUUGCCUUCUGGGUCUUCUGCUGCAAACUCAAGAGAUGGACUGAGACCAGGGUAUACAUGAUCAACCUCAUAGUUGCAGACAGUUUCCUGCUCUUUGCCCUGCCUUUCUUGAUAUAUUUUACCAAGUAUGAGCAUCCCACAGACAAUCUGUGUUUCACCGUACAGAAGAUCUACUUUACAAACAUGCCUAUGAGCAUCCUGAUCAUCACCCUGAUUGCGAUUGAUCGAUACAUUGCAAUCAAGUUCCCUCUAAAAGCAAAGAUUCUUCGAUCCCCACUGAAAUCAGCUUCUAUCUGUGGAGUUCUUUGGAUAGUGCUAAUGAUUUACUCCUACUUGCGUCCACAAUUUCAAAACAAAAAGGAAGAAUUCUGCUUUCGGAAACAAUCCACUCAACCUAGUUAUGCAUUGUUAGUGUCCGUUAUCUUCGGCUAUUUUAUUCCCUUAGUGAUUGUGACUUUUUGCUCAGUACAAGUCAUCAAAUGUCUCAAGAAGAAGAUGGACACUAGCCCUCAUGAGAAAAAAUUAAUCCAGAAAGCAAUCCGCAUUAUUUCUGUGAAUCUGUGUGUGUUCACUGUAUGUUUUUCACCCUUCUACAUUGCCCUGCUCUCGCGGUUUGCAGUGGAUGUUGCUGGAGCUUUUUCUCUGCUCUCGAAAGUUAGAGCCUGUGUUCACAUCUGUGCAUGCUUAGCAAAUUCUAACUGCUGUUUGGAUGCAUUUUGCUAUUACUUUGCAGCUAAGGAAUUUCAAGAAUUUCCAUCUCUGUUCCCCACUUGUAUAUCAAGGAGGUUCAAGAUGAACCAAAGCCAAGAAUCCCAGCCACCCACAGAUCAAGUUAUGACAUAAACAAGGUGUAGCACACUAUAGGUGUUAAGAGCCACCAGUGCUGCUGAAGUUUUGAGGCAGAGGGAAUGGGACCAUCUACAGUAUUUGCAACCAUUGUAGGUAUAAGCAUACCUGCAAAAAGGGACAAUUCCCUCCAAGGGGUCUGAUAUUAACUUGAAUUUUGUCCUCCUGUCCUCAGUGACUUGACUCCAGCUUUGACCAUAGUCUUAGAUCAUUGUAUCGCAGCUUCAAGAGGGAGAGCCAUGUGGGAUGGAGAAUAGAUGAUAAGGCCAUUGUUUCCACCCUGCACUUAUUUGUACCUAACAUGCAACUAAACAUAGGAAACUGAGCACUCAUACAGCAAUACACAAAUCCACUUCUGGUACUGUUAUAUAUAUGGUCACUUAAAACCAAGAAAAACCCCAUGCGCUACAAUGCCAAACCUAAUACAUCUGUGCUGCUCACAUCAAACCAUACACUGGUAGUUUCCUGCCAGCCUAUAUAAUUUCAAAGCUUGCAGCUAUCACCAGGACACAGCUAUUGCUGUGCAUGGAGUAAAGACAGUGGCCUGAGACUAUUGCGCCAUUCUUGCCAUAUAACACUUGUAUCAGCUUGUGGCAACACCCUGGCAUUUGAGACACUAAAAUCAUUGUGGGUAUAAAUAGAGCCGUUACUGCAUGGAAAAACUGAGCCCCGCAAAGCAUUGUAGACCCCAGAAAAGAGCUUUAGCAUUGUGCCUAUCAGGUAUAAAUCUGUGAAGAUCUGAUCGUGCCCAAGUGACUACUGUAAGCCCUGGUGACAGGUUUGUUGGAUCAACUCUUCAGUAAGCGUCCUGUCUGGCGAGACGUGAUCGCAUCUGCUCAAGUUGUCACAGCCUCACACUGCAAGAGUGUUGAUGCCCAGAAAACAGCAGUGAGCAACAUGAAGCAGAUGCAGUCCUAAUCCGUCCCUUACAAUCCAUGAACGGUUUUCAGAGGAGGUUUGGUGAGAGUGAGGUGUCUAAGGCCUUUCUGCAUAGAUACGGCAGACCCACAGCUGAGGGCUUCUUGGCAUUGCCCUGUGUGAUGAAGCAUUGCUUCGGAUUUGGUGCUUUUUCUCUUUCAGCUGCUUGGACAGUGCACGGUGGGGGUUCAACAGCUUUCCUUCACUUCAUUUUGAGACCUUUAAUUCUGGAGAGGUCCCUGCCCAUGGCAGGAGGGUUGGAAAUAGGUGAUCUUUAAGAUCCCUUCCAACCCAAACCAUUCUAUGGUUAUACGGAGAGCCUUAAGAUUUCCUAGCUGAAUCCCGGACCACGCACCAUUUUAGAUGUCCGGCUUUCCAACUACAAAUCUCCUCUAUACCUAUGAUUGCUGACUAUGAACCACAUAUCCUCCCACCCCACAGGAAAGUGACAACAGAGCAGCUCAAAACAGUUAAACCACAAACAGAAAUCUUCGGGCACUAGAAGGAAGUGACCCAUAAAGUCAGCAUGGGAAACAUAGAGUUUUUGAAAUGCGUGUGAUAGUUGUAUCUCAUUUGGCUUCAUGGUCCUUGACUCUGAUGUCUUCUGACUUGUAAGUACCUAAAAUAUUCCUCCAGGGAAUGCAGAUCUAUAUUCUGCUCAUUUAAACCUCUAGACAAAUAACUCUCCUGGUGACAACUUACAAAUAGUUUCCCUAAAAGUGUCCUGUUGCCUUCUAGUGUCUGCAGACCAUAUGCUGAAAUCACUGUCUAGACACUGGCCAAACAACGUAUGAAACUACUAUUCCCAUCACAAAAAGCACUCCCCAUCCAAACAUUAGAUCUAACUGCUUUGUGUCAAUACUUUGGCAGAGGUUCCAGAUGGAAGCUCAGCAUAAAAAUGGAUGAAACCAUUCAGGUCAUUCAGUUGAUGAUUUAUGUCCCAAUUUUCUUCUGUGAUAUAUUAUUUAAUGCUCUGGAAUUAUUGGUCUUUCACUGCAAGCAGAGUGCAUGUGACCAACUUAAUCACAGCACAGACUGCUUGGGCCUCAUUCUGCUUUUUAAAGUCUCUUUUCAAAGACAGCAAAAGAUACCAGAGACGAAUUGUGCCUGAUCUUAAAAAUCAUCCAUUCUUUAAGGAGAUGCAUGAGUGUUGUCACCUUUGUAGCUCUCAGCAAAUACACUGCACUGCUAUUAGCUAUCUUUGGAAACCAAGAGGCUUAGGGUCCCUGUUAGCCCAUUCUCCUUUAUGGCGUGCUGUCAAUGUUCAUGACAGGUAUCACUUACCUGUCCAGGCAAGAGGUGUUCAGCAAGGAAGACAUUUUCUGUUUCCAGAAAGAGUGCAGAGGGCUUUCAAAAACACUCUUUGCUGUAGAAUCCUCCUCUGGGCUUUUGCAUCAUAUUGGUUAUAAUGAAUGCCUGUUCCAAACAGAUUAUUAUGAAAAUGUUAAUUAUUUUGAAACAAGGUGAAGGCUGAUCCAUAUCAACCUGUUAUCCUACUGUUAACUCAGAAAGCAAAUAACUUACUUGUUUUGCAAACACAGUCAUGUUCAUGUUUUCUGCCUGUUAAUAUGGGGCACCUUGUCCAAAUUACAACAGGCUCCAAUGAGGUCAUCUACUCUGAAAUACAAAACAGUAAUGCUUUCGUGCCUGUGACUUCAUGGAUAGUCCUCAUAAGAUAGCAAAUAAUAGCUGCUGUUGCGAUACCAUUUGCUACUGCUUUAUAACCAAAGAAUUUCAGAGCACUUUCUUCUUCCCCAAGCCUAGAGUUUUCAAAUCAAGGAAGGAUCACAGACAAGGCACUCUAUUAAAUAAACUAAACAGCUUCCAUGGUUUCACCCCAGCCAGCAGCUAAGCACCACAUAGCUGCCUGCUUACUCCCUGUCGGUGCCAAAACCAGCACAACUGUGCUAAAGAACUUAUAGUUGGCAUUCCUAUACAUAGACAAGCUUGCUGCAUAUAGAGCUGUAUGAAGUGAAUGUUUUUUCUUGUAGGAAGCAAACGGAGGCCUCCCACUGUUCACGUUCUAAAUUCAAAAAAUUAAGCAUUUCUUUUUCUUAUUGUAAAGUAGAAAUUUGUUGACUUCACAAUCCCAGUCAUCAUGAAGUAGUAUUUUUUGUUGUUUGCACUGACUGCUAUGAAAACAAAAAAGAAACAUUCUUUAGCAAGUGAUAAUAAAGCUAUCUCAUAGUAAUAUAUCUAUAAAUAAAUAUUCAUUUAUUAUCAUUAUCCAUCAGAGUCCUCUAUUAUUAAUGCUC